CAAUGAUUGGGUGUUGAUUUGUGCAAAGUGUUUGUCUUUUAUUGAGUGUUGAUUUUUAAGAGCGAAGGCAGCGUAAUGCUGUUUAUUGUUAUACAAUUUUAAUUAGUGCGAUAAACAAACAACAUACUUAAAGAUGGCGCCGAUGCGUGGUGAGCGUGGCGGUUCCCCAGCACGAGGUGCACGCGCGUCACUCCCACUUCCGCGUCGCCUCAUCCGGCAAAUCGCCAGGCAUGUGGCCUCCAGCGGCCGAUCCCUUCGUAGACUUGAAGUAUCCGGUCGCGUGAUUGACAAUUUCGAUGACCUGGAUGGCGCAUCUGAUGAGUCGGAUAUGGAAACUCCGCAGCCUGCACUAGCGUGUGGUGGUAAUGCCGGGACCCUCCCACCAGCAGACAAUGAUGACGAUCUGACUAGUCUGAGCUGGUUACAGGACAGGAAUUUACUCAGAGGCAUCAAUCUUACUACGAAGAGUGAUAUGGAGGACUCAAAAAUUCUAAGGAACGAAGUUAUUAUCAAGACAGAAUCGAAAACUCCUCCCCCCUCGGUCCGCGUGGCCUCCCCACCUCGCACACCCUGCAAGUCUCCCCCCUCCCCCACCCACACAAAGCCUCCCUACUCCUUCUCGUGCCUCAUCUUCAUGGCCAUCGAAGCCGCACCAGCUCGAGCCCUGCCCGUGAAGGAGAUAUACGCGUGGAUAAUUCGCCACUUUCCAUACUUCAAGCACGCGCCCCAAGGCUGGAAGAACAGCGUUCGGCACAACUUGUCAUUGAAUAAAUGUUUUCAUAAGGUGGCAGCAGCUCCCGGAGUAGGAAAAGGCUCUCUAUGGACUGUGGACCCUCAACAUCGCUCCACCUUGCUACAGGCAUUCGGUCGUCAACCAAUCCCACCGCCUGAGGUGGAAACCCCAGAGCCGGGCAAAAACGCCCCAGACCCACAACUGUUCCCGUACCUGGCGCGCCGUCUGGCCGACACCAGUGAGCCUGGCGCUGAUGAGUAUCUGGCAGCCGCUACCGUACUCGCCAUGAAGUAUGGCCCGGCUGUCUUAGACCAGCUGCCACCAGAAGCACACUUAGUGAUAUCGCGAUGUGCAAGAGACGAGCACUCGUACAGCGGCAGUGGCGAAGAGAGGCGCACGGCCGAGGCCUUGCUCAACUUAGCCGGGGUGACCAGCCACACUCACGCCGCACUUAGCUAGCGGGACUUCGGGUGAGGCGUUUAGUUUACUUCGUUCGGGGUGGCCAGCGUUUGGUAUUUAAUAUAGUGUUUGCGGAGGCUUCUUUAACGGAAUACUACUAGGUCUAAUAUAUAUUUAUCUUCAAAUUUACGCGUAUACUGUCUAGCGAGUAAAAUAGUUGAAAAUGUUUUUUUUUUAAUUCCACGUCCAGAGAAAUCUGACAACAUGACUUAUAUUCCGUUAAAGAAGUUUUACUUAUAUCGGCAAGAACCAAACAUUAAAAAAAACCUAAUUGAGGUUGCUGUCAAUUUGAAGGUUGACGUUUGACGGCUGUCAAUUUUCGAAUAUCUGUUUAAACAUGACAAAGAUAUAUCUUAUAACUGUCAUUCCUGCGUUUGUCGUGUUUGUGUUUAAAUUUUAAAAAAACUUUUGUAUUAACAAUUCGUAUAAAAUCCCACUUUGUGAGUUGUGAAACUAGAAAACUGAAAAUAACCAAAGCGUUGGCCACUCUGAUGAUUAAUUUAAAUUUAGUUGAAUCGUGGUUAGUUAAUAUUUGGAUUGUGUUGUUAUUUUUUUUUUUUUUUGGAAUGUAGAAUAAUUUACAGUUACCGGAAUUUUAUAGAUUAGUUUUGGAAAGGCAAUGUUUUUAAUAUUAUUUACACCAAACAAAUUUAUUUUGUCGUCGUAUCUUCUAUAAUCUAUUUCAGAAACACGCUAAAAAGCAAUUAGUUUUAAGUAAUACGUUGAACAAUCGUUUCUCUGCUCAAUAAGUAGGUUUUCCGGUUUGCAUAUCCAAACUACAGUUGUUACGAGUCGUAGUUAAGCAGAAGCUCGUAGUAGUCUUGGAUAUGUUACCGUAAAAUUGUAAAUACCGUUAGUAGUAAUCUAUCUCGCGAGAUUGUGAACUGUCGAAAGAUUGUGAACCUCAACGUACUGCUUACAAUUUAACGUAUUAUUAUUAGGUAGAUUGUGAUAUAUCGAAGUGAAACCGUCAAAUUACAAUCUUAUAAUUGUCAAAUUGUCAACUGUCCGAAGGCUGUCCCUGAUUGGUCGGCUUUAUAGUAGGCCGUAGAACAAACGAAGAUGGUGGCGCGGGGCGUAUGGAGUUCAACCAAUCAGCGCGCGAGUUGCGUUCCGUUUCACAAUUUAACGGUUUUACUUCGAUAGAUUACAAUCUACCGAAUAAUAAUACGUUAAAUUGUAAACAGUACGUUGAGGUGCACAAUCUCGCGAGAUAGAUUACUACUAACGGUAUUUACAAUUUUACGGUGACAGAUAUAAGUAUUGGAGUUCCUUCAUAAUUUGCGUUAACUGGAAGUUCAUAUAUAACCUGGGCCAAGCCCACAAAGUGAUUAUUACAUAUUAGUUCUAAGAACAAAACUACGCGUAAGACACAAAAUAGCUUAUAGUGAUCUGUCACUUAUGAGCGCCAUUUUUAUUUUGAACGGCUUUUCACUGUGCGUCUCUAAAGCGGGAAAAGUCUUCUUUUUAAUGAAGUUUUUUUUUCUUCAUAAAUUACCGCGACCGCGACGUGUGACGUCACGUACGCGAGCGUGACGGCAUCGUCAAAAUAUUGGAUUUUAGAAAUUCUGGCUCAAUUUUGAUGAAACAAUAAUUAUUAUUUACAAUAAAUUAAUUUUCUAAAUAAUCUCAUCACAACUAUAAGUGCCAUAGUUUAAAGACGUCUUUUACGUAUGGCUUCAUGCAAAAGAUAUUUUACGUCGAAAUUUUCGACGACCAUUUACGAUCGAAAUUUUAAAAAUAACUAUAUUCUAAAUUGGGUUUGUUGCGAGCGUUAAUACCAGGUUCGUAACAUCACCAACGAAUGAUCAACUUUAUUUUAAUACAGAAUAUGUAUAUAAUUAGCUGUAAGCAAAGUUUUGUGUUCAACGCUGUGUUCUUCGAGUCUAUUCGUAUCUUCGUGUUGUUUCAUAACGACGAAGCUUACAACUCUAUUUUUGAUUUUAUUAUGAAAUGAAAUUAAUGAAAUUUACUAUGAAACAAAUUAUAAAAUUUCGACUGUUAAUGAAUUUUUUUUAAAACCACAUUCUCGGCCUAUCGGGUUGUAUUUAUAAAUAAUGAGAUCUUACUGGUUUUAAAUUGUAUAACAUGUGUAUGUAGAACUAAACGAAAGCACGAUCGUUUUCGAAUAGUAAAUUCGAAUUUCGAGUAGUAAACUGUUGGUAAUUUGUUUAUGUGGAAUCUGCCACUGAAGUAUUUCCGAAUCAAUUCGACUUGAGGUCCUUCAAGAAAGAGCGUAUCAAUUCUUAAAAGGCCGACAAUGCACUCGCGAGUUUCUGGCAUUGAGAUUAUCCAUGGACGGUGGUAUCACUUAACAUCAGCUGAGCCUCCUGCCCCAUGUUUAUAAAAAAUAAGGGAAUCUAAAUAGAGUUGUAGCUUAAAAUUACUUCGAUAUAAUAAAAUGGCUAUUUACGCAAUUUGUGUCAAGUGCCUGCUCUUAUCGCGUUUGGAAAUUGUCAAAAUUAAAUAAGUAUGAAAUUUUUUCUAAUCUUUUCAAUAACCGUCGUAGCGUGUGUAGAACUUCGUAGACAUAAUCGUCUGAUCUUUAUAUACAUUAGAUUAACUUAGACUGAUGGACGACUGAUUCGUAAAGCAAUAUUUUAUUAGGAAAUAAUCCGAAGUUAAGUUUCGCUCCUCGCUUUAUUUCAUAUCACUUGUGCCAAAUGAGAGUCCUAUGCAAGCGAAUCCAAAUACCAGAAAGAUAUAUUAGGCUAAGUUCGCUUAAGUGAAUGCUGUAUUUAGAAGCGUCUUCCAUCUAUCAUAAUUUCUCUUAUAAAUAUGGUAAAGAGCCCGCGUGGAUAGUUUUAGUCUGUUACGGGUUUAAAUCGCGGACUUUUUACUGCCUCGCCUAUUAGCCUUUUUGGUGUUAUAAACAUGUAGAACUUACAGCAAUAAUUAAUUAUAAUGUAGGUUUUUCGCUCGUAGGCUAAUAUUAAGUGUGAUACACUUGAGGUUUUGAAGUUAUUCGGCUUGUGUUUUUACUUUUGACAGUGACGUUGACGUCUGUCAGCUGUCAACCGUAGACAAGAAUGCAUAAUAAAUGUCGAUAAUGGAAUGUGUUUCUGUGAUGUAUUUUGGAGUUAUUUAUGCAAUUGACUUAAAUGUUAUUAUAGAAGUAUUGAGCGCAUCUAAAUAAAAGGAACUGUAAAAAGUAAAAGCACAGAAUAUCAAACUAUUCUACAAUUUGUGUAACCAUAAACAAUCGUCUUCGUUUUAAACGGACUGCUGUAAAUUGUUUAUGCUUCCAAACUGAAGUUAUAUCGAUAUGAUAUUAAAAUUGUUACGGCUCAUUUAUCGAAAUCAUAAAUUUAAUUUAUUUAUUUUAUUUUAGGUUAGUAAAAUUGUUAUUAUUUCCUAGUGAUCGGUUCGUAAAACGACAACACUCAUGUUGAUUUUGAUUGGUGUUAUGAUUUUUGUGAAUUUGUUGAUGUCGCUAUCGCAUUUACCCGACAAAUAAUUUAACACGAAUACUGAAAUAGACGGUCAAGUAUUACGUUACCGCAUUUACUGCAAUUUAUUCCCCCCCACCCCUGUCAGCAAAGUAAGCACAGCUCUCAAAAAUAAAUGCAUUUUGUUUUCUAAUAUAGACAAUGUGUGGGUAAUAUGUGUAAAAAAGUAAAUAAUUACUGUUGAUGUAUUCACCAAAAAAGAAAAAGACCUAAAGCCUCAGUUCAAAAAUGCGUCGACUAUAGUAAUUACAAUAAGAAUACAUCUAUAUAUAUGUUAUGUAUGUCCAAAUGUAUAUAACAAUACAAUGCUUGGGGGAAGGCAUAAUACAAAUUGGUGGUUUUUAACCCUUUUAGUGCCAUGGAGCGCCGACGCGCUAGUUUCGCUAGUUUUCAAAAAUGCAAACGUUGCGACAGCGCUCUUUUUGACAGUAGAUAUGUAGUAUUCAAUUUCAGUUGUUUCUGUAUUAUCAUAGUAUAUCCUGAAGAGAAUGUUGUAUUUUUUUUAAUAUUUGUGUAUUGUAAGGAAGCGUUCAAGUAUUACGUCACGCAAUGUUUGGAGAUUCUUGACCUCCCCCCCAUGAAACGCCGCUGUAACGUUUUCUGUAUCCAAUAGUAAAACGUUUCGUGACCACAUCCAGUGACUCUUAAUACCUAAAACUUACCAUUAUGUGGUGUAAGGUACUGGAAAGUGGAAAAUAAUAUUAACAAUAACUCGUAAUUCAAUGCCCGCCUUUCAUCGUAACGUUAUACAAGAGGAACACCCCGCCCCCCACCCCCCAUUUGUUAUAUAAAUUGUCUAUAAAAAUGCACUGGCAUUUUUACCAAUAUAUUGGUUAAACUUUUAUGGCACUAAAAGGGAUAUAAAAUUUUCACACAAAAUACAUUACGUUAAUUCGUACAUAUUGUACGAAAUGUCUCUUGUGUAUGAAUAACGAUUCCAUGAUACGUCUAAUAUAGCGAUAGUGACGUCACAUAGGUUAAGUUGGUAUGUCCGAACUAUAUUUAAGUAUAAUGUUGUUUAUAUUUUCGCCAGCUUGCAAAUGACACCAAUUAUAUUUAUUGCUAUUGUUGAAAAUUUAUGCCAAAAUUUUUAUUUGUCAAAAAUCUUUCUCUGUACAUAU